AAUCAACUUGCUCCGGAUGUGGACGGCGUUAUGCAUGCAUUGAUUUCUAUCCUGCAGGGGCCUAAGCAUACACCCAGGGCGAGGAUACCACCAAGAACUGACGAACGACUAAAACAAUUCAUCGAGGGUGUUUUGGAGGAUCCUGAGAGGUCAGCAGCUAAGACCUUGGAGAACUGGCCUUAUUACCUCGAGGAGGACCUAGACAGUGUCCCAGCCGUCAUGGACGACGAGGGUCUGGAUGAGGCCUCUAUUGGAGUGCAGACACUGCCAGAUGAGAACCCCAGGCCCUGCGAACCACCCAGGGCAGAGUGGGACGACACUGAUAUGUCUGGGUUUUUCGAUUCAGAGUGACUGGUUGGUGAAUAGGCCCCCAUCCUAUCACAGCCGUGAAAACAAAUUUUAUGAAACAUGCUGAUAACUGAAUCCAUACUUCCACAUUACCAGAAAUUUGUAAAGUCUGCAUUUGCACAUGCGCAAACUCAUGACAGCAGGGUUCUGUAUAGUUUGUUCAGAGCUUAACAAUUAUAAGGUCAUAUUCUUGUAUGCAUCAAUAGGAAGUAAAUUGCAAAAGAAAGAACAACUCAUGAAUUUUUAUUUGCCAAAGUUUGGUGAGAAAUGUUGACAAAAACCAAUGGUACAUACUGCCUCCGAAAAUUUUGCUACCGGAGCCAUGAUAUGCUCAUCUCAAGACACUGAAGCUGAACAACCCACUGAGUUUCAGGGCCAGUUUUCGUUGCGAGCUGUAAUUUGCAAAUAGUGUCGAUUGAGGGCGGUGUUUCAAAGUCUACAUGGAGCUGAAAGAUUUGCAGAUUGCAACAGAGUAUACAGUGUACAUCCAUGGGUCAAACUUGUUGCAUCGGGAUUUGGCAAUGUACGCAACGUUGACUGUGUUGGCAGACUCUGCGUAUAGGCCUUGUGUACAUGUGUGUGAGAGUCACACAUUGUUUACGACAUUGUUCAGAGGGCUGGGGUUUUGUAUAUGGUUUGUGUAGCUUUGAACCUUCUAAAUUCACUUGACCUGCUUGACUUUAAUGUUAUGUUGCUACUACACAGUCGGGUAAGCAGGGGCAUGUUUGUAAUGUACUAUGCAUGGGCGUUAAUCGGGGGGGGGGAUAGGGGACAUGUCUCCCCGGAUACAAAUCUAAAUGAAAAUAUAUAGAUUACGAAAGCAUUUGUUAAAAAAAUGGCCAAAGUAGCCAAAAAUGUUGUCACAUCAUUUUAUAUUUCAAAAUAUAUUUUGAAAGAUCUAGGAGGAAGUACUGUCACACAUGCUCACCGAUGCUCCAACACUUUAUAGACUGAGUGCCAUCUUUGAUCCUGCAAACACACAUGGCGGAUCCAUUGAAGCAUAAUCCAGAAAAGCCUGGUUGGUCUAGGUUUGGGAUCACUGAUCCCAUCCCUGCAUCUGUGUGAAAUAAAUGUCACAGGCCUCUUGUUUGUGAUUCAUGGAUCCAGUUUGCAAGUUGUUGGGUGGGGGAGGUUGCUAUUACCUUUGCCUCAAAUUCAGAGGUGAGUGAGGGAGUGGAUAGGUAUGGGUUGGUUUGAACACUAGAAAAUGCUGUUUAUUGGUGUUGGAGUUGCAACCUCUGCAGACAAUCACAAGACCCCACAAGACCAUUACAAAACCAAUGUAUAUGCUACUUCUAUAUGGGGGGUGUAGCCAUGCCCCUGUCAACUCAGAGGGAAAUUUUGUGGGUAUUUUUAAGACACAAAAAGUUGGCAAAGUUUGUGAGCCAUUUCAUUUUCUGCUGUCCCGUAAGUAAAACCAUGAAAAGUAUUUGAUGAAAGAGUCAUGUUUUUGGCCCCACCUCAGUAACAUUGCGACUCCUCAGAAAAUUUGAUUCUCGAUGUUUCCGUGAAUAGCAAAAAUUGUUUGCAGUGCUCAAGACAUUCCUUGAAUAGAAAUGUACACUCUGCAUUGGCUGUCAGCAUCUUGAUUAUUGCACCUUCUCUUUAAACAAAAUUGGGGGUGGGAGUUAUGCAUGGUCCCUGUCUUUUCAAAACAUAGGGUGCUUCACUGAUCUCCUCCUUUGCUCUUGAGAUGAUUAACUGUUAAUAGUCUUGGCCUAGGAUAAGAAGCCCACAGUGCCACAGCUAUGGGUGGAGAAAGUGCAAGUUUAUUUAUGAAGUAUCUAAUUCCUAAUUCGUAGUGGCAGUUGGAUUCCGUGGCUUGGCAGGGCAAUGUGUAAUCUUCCAAGGUAAAAAGUAAAUCUUAAAGAAAUUCUUAUUAACUUUGUUAUAUGUAUAUUUGUUAUAGUUUAAAUUGAAAUGUAAUUUUAAAACAAAGCUACACUUUGUUGAAAAAUAGAUUUUACUACAUUUGUAUUAACUCUCAAAUCAUCUCAAUACAAUUAUAGUACGUAUAGUACAUAUCAGGAAAGUUGAAAUUAUGUAUAUCUAGUUGUCAAAAUAAACAGAAUUAUAAAUCAGUCAUGUCUUCAACAGCAAGGCUUGAUUGACAUCAAAGCUAAAACUUCUAUGUAACAUCUUAACAUGUGAAUUUACAUUUAAAUGAUUAUAAUGAAAUCAUGAUCUGAAGAAAUCUGAAUGACUGCAUUUGGAUUACAUGUAUUUUGUGUCUAGUCUUGGGUGAUAGCCUUUAUUUUAAGGGAUAUGUUGGCCUGAAUCGAUAAAACGAUAAAAAAUGAAAUAUUAUAUUAAA